AUGGCUUUGGAAAUCACAACGCUCAAUCCGGGAGAGCCUGAACCUUGGCCCUCCUUCGAUCACCCGUCGUCGCAAGGGAUACGAAGCAGUCAGCGCGCCGCAAACUUGUAUGACAAGGGGAUCAAGUUCUAUCGUAAGGAGGAUCUUGUGAACAUUGAAAAGGAGGUCUCCGAAUCCUACAUUCGGGAGUUCUUCAAUCUUCCGCGCAUCGACGGAACUGUUCUUCGCAUGAGAAAUCCUCUUCACGGCGUCCUCAAGCCAAUCUGGAGUCCAAUCAUAGAGUUCCAAAACUACUGGAAGUUUGUGAGGAAGGAGCCGGAUGGACCCCCCGAAACUCACCUGUGUUCGUUUCGCGUGGACUGGUUGAAUCAGUCUAUGCAGCAGUAUGAAGGGAACAUUGAGAACUAUGAGGGUAUUUUUCGGGGAAAACGCACCGCAUGGGUCGACAGCAAGACAUGCGCCGCGUUCAAAGCCCACACUCGGCAGCUCUUGGCGAAGCGAAAGGUGACCAAGAUCGUCUGCUUCGGCCUAGGAGAUUUCGUGCGUCGCCCGCCUGUCUGGUGGAAAAUCCGCAACGCUCAAUCUGACAAUCCAAUCACGGAAGGGGAUCAUUUGGAGGGUGCCGAGGCGAGAGCUAUUCUGGAAGAUGUCGGCUUCGAAGUCGUCGGGGCAUUUGGCGCUGGAGGCUUUGCCGAAAUCGACGAGGAAACGGUGGUUAUCUCCAUCUACACCGCGGUGCCGGUGAAGCAGAUCGUUGCCGAUAUGCCACGCCCCAUUUCUAUCAUCACUACACCCCCUGGCGAGAUUUUGAAUUCAUCCGAGAGAAUCCCUGCUGACACGGAAACUCCCCGUACGAGAGAGAUGUGGCGGCAAUAUGUAGCCUCAGACUUCCCGGCAGUCGCCGAUGACAUCUCUAGUAUCACAUCUCUGGGGAGCCUGAAGAUCUUCACCAGGAUCGAGGAUGCUGUUUCCUAA